GGUUAUAAAAGAAAGCAGCUGGAAAGAAAUUUGCAUGUCCAAUAGGUUUCACUAUUAAAGUUUACACAACGUGGAGUAAUCAGCCAAGCUGGCUGGCUACCCAGAUCACAUGAUUGUGUAGAAACAUGAAACUUGACUAUGUGCUCGAGCAAGUUUUACUUCUCCCUAGUGUAGGGUGUCUGCCAGCAGCCGGCACUCUCUCGGAAAUCAAACUCAAGUGACUGGGACCCUUGAGAUCAAAGGCUUACCAUGCUACUCCCUAGGAGGGCCAGUGACUGCUGACCUUACCACUGACGGUUAUUCGUGGCUCUUAUAAUUAACAAAAAGAAUGGACAAGCUUAACAAAAUAACUGUCCCUGCCAGUCAGAAGUUGAGGCAACUUCAAAAGAUGGUCCAUGACAUCAAGAACAAUGAAGGUGGAAUAAUGAACAAGAUCAAAAAGCUGAAAGUCAAAGCACCUCCGAGUGUUCCUCAAAGGGACUAUGCCUCAGAAGACCUUGCUGACGAAGAGGAGCAGUGGUCAGAUGACUUUACACACAGAGUUUCAGCCACCCUUCCUGUUAAAUGGUCCACAUGCUCCCCCAGGAUAGUGGUUCAGGACAGCGACUAUGAACACCCAGACGAGCACUCGGACUCGGAGAUGUACGUGCUCCCCGCGGAAGAGACUGGGGACGACAGUUACGAGCCGCCGCCCGCCGAGCAGGAGACGAGAACCGUUCACCCAGCCCUGCCCUUCACCAGGGGCGACUACAUAGACAAUCGAUCGAGCCAGAGGCAGUCUCCGCCCUUCAGCAAGACACUUCCAAGUAAGCCCAACUGGCCUUCGGCAAAGACAAGGCUGACCUCCACUCUGCCGGCCCUGACUUCUCUUCAGAAACCUCAAGUCCCACCCAAACCCAAAGACCUUGAGGAUGAGGCUGAUUAUGUGGUUCCUCUGGAGGAUGAAGACGAAAACUACAUUCAUCCCACAGAAAGCAGUUCACUCCCAGCUGAAAAAGCUCCCACGGUGAAUAGAUCUACGAAACCAAAUAACGCAUCGAAGCCAGCCUCUCCUCCUGGGACAGCGUCAGGUCGUAACAGCGGGGCCUGGGACGCCAAGUCACCUUCUCCUGCUGCGCCGUCCCCAAUGCCCCGGGCCGGGAAAAAACCAGCUACCCCACUGAAGACAACUCCACUUACGCCUCAACAGAACGCUUCAGCUGUUUGUGAAGAAAAACCCAUACCUGCUGAACGCCACCGAGCAUCUAGUCACAGACAAGAAAAUAUGCAGUCAUCAGUGUUUCCUCCUGCCCAGAAACAAAUCCAUCACAAACCUGUACCUCUGCCAAGAUUUCCAGAAGGGGGAAGCCCAGCUGUGGAUGGCCAGUUUUCAUCUAACCCUCAUUUGUCAGAACAGGAAGCUGACAUCCACUGCAAGCCGUGGUAUGCCGGUGCCUGCGAUCGAAAGUCUGCUGAAGAGGCUUUAUACAGAUCAAACAAGGAUGGAUCAUUUCUUAUUCGGAAAAGCUCCGGCCAUGAUUCCAAACAGCCAUAUACACUAGUUGUAUUCUUUAAUAAGCGAGUAUAUAAUAUCCCUGUGCGAUUUAUCGAAGCAACAAAGCAGUAUGCUUUGGGCAGGAAGAAAAAUGGUGAAGAGUACUUUGGAAGUGUUGCUGAAAUUAUCAAGAAUCAUCAACAUAGGCCUCUGGUUCUUAUCGACAAUCAGAAUAAUACAAAAGAUUGGACAAGAUUGAAAUAUGCAGUUAAAGUUUCAUAGAUUUCUUGAAAAAGGUCAACAUCAUUGCUUCAGACAUUUUCCUUAUUUCUACUUUUGAGAAAAAGCCCCAAAACUUCAUAUUUUGGAUUAUGAACCAUCCACUAAUAAGAUAGAAGAUGGAGGCAGCUAUUGAGGUGGUCACCCAUAUCUUUAUAAGAAGCUCACGCGGACUUGUUCUACUGUCUGACCUGAUGAACUGUGAAUAUUUGGUGAGGUUGCGUUAUCAUGCUACUAAAAUUCUCUAAAUAAAUGUCUUUAUUUAAAAGAAA